AUGUCAGUACUGAUUGUGUAUGUCGAUGAAAUAACUGUCAUUGGAAACCAUACUGAAGAGAUUAGUCUAAUCAAAGAAAUGUUGGCAAAGGAGUUCGGGGUCAGGAUCUUGGUACACUCAGGAAUGCUUGGUAGCAAGCCCAACAAGACUCCAAUCGAGCUCGGAGACAAGAGGAAAAUGUUUGGUGGAAAUCCAGUUGACAAAGGGAGGUACCAGCAGCUAGUGGGGGCAGUUAUCUACCUCUCACAUACUAGACUUGAUAUUGCCAUUGCGGUAAGUCUGGUCAGUCAAUAUAUGCAUGAUCCAUGUCAAGGACAUCUCAAUGCAAUAUAUAGAGUUUUGAGGUAUCACAAGCAAACAAUAGGAACAUGUCUUUUCUUCAGAAAGAUAACUGAGAGGAAGGUUGAAAUGUUAACAGAUGCAGAUUGGGCUGGGUCAGUUGAUGAUAGAAAGUCUAUAUCUGGGUAUUGUACUCUUUUAUGGGGUAGUGUAGAAGCAAAAUAUAGAGCCAUGGCCCAUGGAGUGUGCGAAGGAAUAUGGAUUAAACGAUUACUAGAGGAGUUGAAGAUUGAGUAUGAAGCCCCUAUUUAG